UUCAUCACGAUCAAGUGUAUAAGUAGAGCUACAAUGAACCUAUUGUUGGCGUUGUUACUGAUGACUUUCAUCAUUAUUGAAGCUAAAAAACUAACCGUCGAAGAAGCGUUAACUCACAUUAAUAGAGUGCCAGCAGCCAUUCAGAAUGUUAUUUCCCGACGAACGAACAGUGUACACCAUCAACACAAGUACAGUGAGAUCCAGAAUAGCACAAGAAUAAUUGGCGGCACAGAAACAACCAUUGAGGAAUACCCAUACCAGGUUGCAUUACUGUACCAAAAUCAACAGAUUUGUGGAGGUUCGAUUGUCGCCCACUCCUGGGUUCUCACGGCAGCCCAUUGUCUGGAUUGGUACCCUCCGAUUUCGGAUACCACAAUUCGGACCGGUAGUACAUCACGAUCAAGUGGAGGAACUGUACAUUCAAUACACUACUACCAUAUCCAUGAGCAGAAUGAGUGGUUUGAUGUGCGUUACGAUGUGGCUACUAUUCGGGUAAAGUUACCAUUCAGUGAUGCUGCGCGUGCUAUUAUUCCAUUGGCCAACACAGAAUGGGUCGAUGGAACGGACGCGAUAAUCACCGGCUGGGGUGUGAAUGAACAUGGAGAAACUCCGGACAAAUUGCAUAUGGUUGCCGUACCUGUUGUCGACCGCUCAAUUUGCAAUGAAAAGUGGGAUGGGCUGAUAACAGAUGAUAUGAUAUGCGCCGGUGAUAUGGGGAUUGGCUCAUGUCGUGGAGAUAGUGGUGGACCUGCCGUACAGCUGAAUACACUGCACGGUAUCGUUUCAUGGGGUCCAUAUGAUUGUGGCAUAGGAUUACCUGUAAUCUACACUAACGUAGCUCAUCCGUCAAUUAGAAGCUUCAUCAAACGUACUACUGGUGUGUAAAUUUUAUGUAUGCCGUGGAAUGGAAAGAAUGAUCUUUGAUUCUUUUCAUAAUAUUUUAGUGUUGUUUUAUGGUAGUGAAACAAAAUAUAGCGACUAGAAGCAAGUAAAUUACGUUAUAAUUGAAUAAUAAGCACAAAAAGGGAAGGCUUGUUCGCGACAAAGUCUGUACACCUAAAACACAUCUUGAAAUAUUCAACCAAAAAUUACA